AUGGUUGACGGAAACUUCAUCAUUCCCUUGUCUCCGCCUAGCUCGCCGCGUAUGUCUGCGUACAGCACGACUGCCGCAGACCACGAGUGGCAAUCAUCCGACGCCAGGACACUGGAACAUACACCACCACAUUCGGACAGCGACAUGGCAAUGCUCCAGGCCGAAGUGGCUGGUCACAAUUUUGAUCUCAAGCGGCCAUCGGUCCGAUCACACAAGAGCUUUCCCUAUUUGCUUGAUGGCAAGAGCCACUUCCAUGGCGGUGACUCACCAUCAAGACUGGACGAGAUCGAGGCGCACGAUCUACCCAGUGUAACAUUCGGAGGCUCCGCUCCGACCAGCCCUAUCUCUAGGCUCACUCCUCCCGCAACUCAUGAUGGCGUCAACGUGGAAAAGAUAGAGGAUCAGGGUGACGAGAUCCUGCUGGACGAGAAAGAUGAGGCUUGCGACAGCGAUGGUAAAGAUGAAGACCGGCCACUGCUCACUGCUGCGGAAAUCCGAGCAGCGAAGCGGAAGAUGAAGAGAUUCAGGCUCACACACAACCAAACUCGAUUUCUCAUGAGCGAGUUUGCUCGUCAAGCUCAUCCCGAUGCCGCUCAUCGAGAACGACUCGCUCGCGAGAUCCCCGGCCUCAGUCCCCGCCAGGUGCAAGUAUGGUUCCAGAACAGGCGAGCAAAGCUCAAGCGAUUAACAAGCGACGACCGCGAACGCAUGAUGAGGUCCAGAGCCUUACCAGAUGACUUCGACAUGGCUCAAGCCCUUCACUCUCCGUUCGGAAACUCCCAUGGACUGGGAACACCGCUUGCCUCUCCUGGAUCCUACGCCCCUAGCUUCGCGGAAAGCAACAUGAUGCGACCUUUGAGCAUCGACACCUUGAGAAGGGGGCCGCUCGACUCUCAUAUGUCGCCAACGGGAAUUAGCCCUGCCUUUGGUGGGUUUACCUUCACACCGCCGCAAUCAACAGCAGAUACGCUUUCCCCUGUAUCACCUCAUGGGGAGUCGCCGUUCGGCUUCCACUCGGCACCGCUCGACACGAGUCCGAGGACAUCGAAUCCAUUUUCUAUGCCCGUCAGUACUCCACCAGCCUAUGCUGCCCAGCAUAGCAUCCCGCGCCUCACACUUCACGCCGACCGCAUUGCACGGAGCCGAGCCGAGUCCUUACAAUCACCUCUUAGAUCUAGUAUGAGCUACACUGGUGGUAACGACAGCAUGAACGGCUGCACUGAUUCGAAUGGCCAUACGGACGGGCACCGAUCAUACUCGGGUUCAAUGCUGCCCUAUGGGAUUGGCUACUCUUACGCCCCAGUGCCCGGCUUCCAGCAGUCCAGCUCAAACAGGAUGCGCUCUUUCUCCAACGGCGUCCCUAGACGCAUCGAGCUAAGCACCCACUACACGCCCAAUCGCGGCACAUCGACACCACAGACGGCCCACUUCCCCUCAUACUCGACCUCUCCGCUUGUCACGCCACAAAGCUAUGCGAUGCCCCAAAUGAGCGCACCGCACCACCUUUCGUCGUUUUCCAGCUCGUACCUUCGUAACGACUCACAGCAGAAUGAGCAGUACUCCGGCGUCGGCUCCGUUCUUGGCGAGGUUAUCGACAACUCCAAUCAGGAGCACGGCGACCGCAACGACCAGUCCUAUUGA